UCUCUCUCUCUCUAGGUUCUCUACGUCUCUCUAGGUCUCUUCUCUAGGUAGCGGCUAGUGAAGCGUCUUCUUCCGGGGGGGUGGGGGAACCUAAGCUAAUGGGGGGAAGAGGGGAGGGGAGUCCCCCUAGAGACGCCCCAGAACCCACCAGAACCCCCCAAAACCCCCCCAAAUCAAUCAUAACUUCUAGCCAGUUAAUCUGCCCAUCUCAGCGUCCUCCCUCCCUAAACUGCUGCCACUGCCCUCCGAUUGACCCCAUUCUACCCUCAAAUCCCGCUGCUGCCUCCCCUGCACUGCCUUGCCUUUUCACCCCCCCUCCCCCCUUAAAAAGAUUGGAGAGAGAGAGAGAGAGAGACCAGGCAGGGCUUUUGGACGCGCAUGAAACCAGCAUCCAGCUUUUUCACUUUACGGCCCAACCACUCACGGCCCGCAACCUUCUAGCGUCUCACAAAGUCACUGCACACUAAAAAGACUGCUGCAUCUAAUUAGAGACUGGAGAUUGAUGACUGGAGGCUGAUGACUGGAGACUGGAGACUGGAGACUGGAGACUGCACACCGGGCGGCUCUCAUAGACUAUAGUAGUAUAAUACUCAGAUAGUCUCACAACAUCAUAUAGACAGACACAUAAGCCCG